GUGGCCUUACGCACAGUCCGCCGACAAUGUGCUCUUGCCCCGCAGGCUCUCUACCGAAUCCAUCUACCAGUAUAACCCGCUGCUUUGUUUGAUCUUGGUCAUCUGUACCCACCGGAUAUGCAUGACGAAGUGAUUGCUCCCAACCCAUCACCGGAUUCUGAGAGUCUAGUAAAGCGUCUUGCCGGACCAUCAACAACAAAAGCCGGUCUUGCAAAGGACCAGUCUGAGAUCAACCGUAUCAUUGCGGAAGUAUCGAGGGGCUCAAAGUUCUACGAGAAUGAGAAGCGGAAGGACAAAGAUUUGACGGAGAGGAUCGCUCGCAUGCUGAAGCAGCGUGAUGAGGUUCUGAAGGGUGUUGAUCUUCCCAGCGUGGAACAGGGGGUGGAUCAGUUGCUGGCUCGAAUGGAACAGCAUCGCGACCUAAGCCAGACAAUCGUCCACGUCGAUAUGGACGCCUUCUAUGCAAGCGUGGAGCUACUGGAUAAUGCAAGUCUCAAGGGAAAGGCGUUUGCGGUAGGCAAAGGGGUCCUGACCACUGCGUCGUAUGAAGCACGCAAAUUUGGCGUGCGAUCCGGGAUGGCAUCUUUCGUAGCGAGGAAAUUAUGUCCUGACCUGAUCCUCGUGGAGAACCGCUUCGGCCGCUAUACGGAGAUGUCUAAGCAGGUAAUGGAUGUAUUCCGGAGGUACGACCCCAACAUGUGCGCUGCAGGAUGCGAUGAGGGAUACUUGAACAUCACUGCCUACUGUGAGGACCAUCAAUUGACUGUCGAGGAAUGCGUGCGGCAGAUGCGGGAAGCAGUCAAGCAGGAAACUGACCUUACGGUCAGCGCCGGAAUAGCUCCGAACAAGAUGCUCGCAAAGAUCUGCUCAGACAAGAAUAAGCCGAAUGGGCAGUUCAAACUCGACUUCAAUCCAGAGGCUAUCAAGGCUUUCAUGCAUGACCUAUCGAUUCGCAAAGUGCCCGGUGUCGGUCGAGUGAACGAACGGUUGCUCGAUUCUAUAGGCAUUAAGACAUGUGGAGAUAUCUUCACCCACAGAGCCAUCGUUGCGAUGAUGGAUAAGCAGUUCGGUCUUCAUUUCCUCUUGCAAGCCUACCUGGGAAUUGCUUCAAAUGACGUCCAGCCCGGGCAACGUGAAGAACGGAAGAGCAUCGGCGCAGAACGCACGUUUACCCCCCUCAAAGAGCAAAGCAAGAUUCUUCAGAAGCUGGAGGAGGUUGCGGCAGAGCUUGAGAGCGACAUGAAUGAUGGCGGGUGGACAGGCAAGACGGUGACUUUGAAGUAUAAACUAGAUACAUAUCAAGUCUUCACGCGUGCCAGGUCAUUUGACAGAUGUAUAUCUACAAAUAAAGAAGACCUAUUUGCGAUCGGCAAAGAUCUCCUCAUACCGGAGCUUCCCUUAACCCUUCGAUUAAUUGGCCUGAGAGUAACAAAGUUGAAAGAUUUAAGAGCGGAAGUGGAGAACAACUCUGGCGGAAUCAAGAGAUUCUUCGAGUCCGCCAAUUCAGCAGAGUCAUCCAGGAAUUUGAAGAAAGCACGCGUCGAGGCCGAACAAUGGGAGGAAGAGCCUCAUUUGACUCAGGACGGUUAUCAAGAUGCGAUGCCCGGCUACCAUGAACAUGGCGAUUUGGACGACGAUUUGAAUGUAGAUCACUCGUUCGAUGAUCAUAUAGACGGGAACUCGAGCGAUGUGCAGCAACCGUAUAUUCCACGAGGAAGCCCACAGAGGCCACCAAGAUCUCCCAAGUCGGCUCCUUCCUCAUCCAUUAGGGCACGGACUUAUAAGCCGACGUCGUCUGGGUCGCAAAAACCUCGUAGUGCCUACGCUCCACCUACAUCUGCGUUGGAAUCUAACGAACCACCAUCGGACUCAACGUCUCAUCUACCAGUGGAAGAAGUCAAAGAGCAGGACGGAGUCACGUCAAUGCUCACCUGCCCAGUCUGCGGGAAGAGCAUGCGGACCGACAACAUCGGUCUCAACUCCCACAUAGACUUCUGCCUAAGCGAAGAUGCCAUCAAGGAAGCUCAGGUUUCCGCCUCCGUUCCCGUCCCGUCAAAGGGAUUUCGCCCGCAUGAACGUCGUAAUGGGAGUGACAAUAACAUAGGCAGAAGGAAAAGGUCAUGACGCAUGCCGUCGUCUAUCUACAUGCACCACAUUACUAUCUAUAUAGCCAUCAUGGAUUUAUCAUGUAUUUCUAACGUCCCUUGUAUGUACCGCACGCAGUCAUCGUCACACUGCCCCAGCUUAUAAUGGAACCCACAGUUGACUGCAAGUAGUCAUUCUCUUGCGCUCCAGUCAUCGCAACUGCUAGUCUGGCUGUACGAUUUGCAGGGACUUAGCGGAGACACAUGCACCAAUCGUGCAGAUAUUGGAAUUGAGCGACGAUCGUCACGCGUGACCGACAUCUUUACCUACAGC